AUGGCGCUGCAACCAGAACAUGAAGUCAAGGAGGCUAAAAAGAACCCAGAAUCUGGUGCAGGCUUCUCCCUGCGGCACUUCACCUGGGAGGAGAUCGGGCUCCGCACGGGCCAGGGGCACCCGCAGCAGGAGCAGUGGCUGGUGAUUGACAGGAAGGUCUAUGACAUCAGCCAGUUCUACCAGCAGCACCCAGGGGGUGCCCAGGUCAUCAGUCACUUCGCAGGACAAGAUGCCACGGAGGCCUUUGUCGCAUUCCAUGUCAACAAUGCACUGGUGAGAAAAUACAUGAGCUCACUGCUGAUUGGGGAGCUAGCACCAGAUGAAAUCAGCAUGAAGCCCAGCAAAAACAAACUGCUGGUAGAGGAUUUCCGUGAGCUACGCACCACCAUCGAGAGGAUGGGAUUUCUGAACCCCAACGGCCUCUUCUUCUUCCUGAAUUUCCUGCAAAUUCUUCUGCUAGAGGCUGCCAGCUGGAUCAUUCUCUGGUACUUUGGGACUUCCCUAGUACCAUUCCUCAUCUCUGUAGUGCUGCUGACAACCUCCCUGUCCCAAGCUGGGUAUCUGCAACAUGAUUUGGGACACUUCUCAGUAUUCAGCAAGCCCAAAUGGAAUCACGUGGUUCAAAAGUUUGUGAUAGGCCAACUGUUGGGCUUGCCGGCCAGCUGGUGGAAUCUAAGGCAUGCCCAACAUCACGCUAAAACCAACUGCUUCCUCAAGGAUCCUGAUCUCAAUAUGCAUCCUUGGUUUACUUUAGGGAAGGUGCUCUCUGUGGAGCUCGGGAUAAAGAAGAAGUUCAUGCCUUACAACCAUCAGCACAAGUACUACUUUGUCACACUGCCCCCAUUCCUGUUUCUUGUCUACUUCCAAUACUUUCCAUUGCACAAGACAAUCCAGAGAAAAGACUGGGCGGACCUGGCCUGGAUGCUGAGCUUCUAUAUCCGAUUCUUUCUCACUUACGAGCCCUUACUGGGGGUGAAGAGUCUCCUGGGGUUCUAUCUGCUGAUCAGGUAUCGUUCACUGAUCCCACAACUCCCUUUGGCUGUGCCUUCUUCUCGGGCUUGCUCUGUCUCUACUUUCUGUCUCUUUGGCCCUUGA